UUCGACACGUGUGUUUGACACCUAGCUCGUUUUACUAAAAUUUUGGCUAAAUGGAAGAAAACGACACCGAAAAUCGAGUUAAUUUCAUCACUUGCGUCAAGUGGGUGAAGAAAGGAGUGGCAAAAAGCCAACCCGAAAAGGUCCAAUUGUCCAAAGCCGAGCUCGUACAAGUCAUAAAAGCCACAAAAAAGAAACUUCGAGUCACAAAUGAGGAAAAUGCUCAAGGUGAAUCAUCGGCUCAAGAUGAGUUCAAUUUGGAAAAUUAUGACGAACAAGACGAAGGCACCGCUGAGGCUUUGGGGAUAAGUUCACUGGCUGAUUUACAAAAUAAUGAGGAAGAAAACUUCUCUGAAUCAGACGAUUCGGACAAAGAAGACGAAGUUAUCAAACCUAACGAUAAUUUAAUUCUAGUUGGACAUGUGGAAGGUGACGCAAGUUCGCUAGAAGUGUACAUUUACAACGAGGAGGAAGAAUCACUUUACGUCCACCACGAUAUCUUACUUCCCGCCUUUCCACUUUGUUUCGAAUGGUUGGACUACGAACCCAACGCCCCAAAAGGCAGUUACUGUGCUAUAGGUUCCAUGACCCCCAUUAUCCAAGUCUGGGACUUGGACAUAAUUAACUGCAUAGAACCCGCGUUUAAUUUAGGCCGAGCCGCAAGUAUUAAAAAAAACCGACCUCACGUCGGCCACAAAGACGCAGUUUUAACUUUGGCUUGGAACAAAACCUACGAACACGUCUUAGCUAGCGGUUCAGUUGACAAAACUAUACUUUUGUGGGACUUGGAGAACAAAACUCCAAGUACGACCAUUUCCGCGUUCAAAGACAAGGUCCAGUGCAUGCAGUGGCACAAACUGGAAGCGCAAACUUUACUAGCUGGGUCUAGCGACAAGAAAGCAAAAAUUUUCGAUUGUCGCAACCCUGAGACACAUCAGACGUGGAAAAUAAAUGGGGAGGUUGAAACUCUGGUCUGGAACCCGCUACAACCGUUUUCAUUUUUCGCCGGUAGUGAUACCGGAAAUUUGCAAUAUUUUGAUUGUAGAAAAGGUCAAGUGUGGGCUGUUGAAGCCCAUGAAAAGGAAGUCACUGGGUUGGUUGUGAGUCCGCAAUGUCCCGGUUUAUUAGUCACAUCGUCGCCAGAUGGGACGAUAAAAAUUUGGGACUACACCGAAAAUGAAGCCACUUUCGUGUUCGAAAAAGAUUUUAGUUUAGGGACAGUCCAGUGCCUGGAUUUGUCGCCCGAUUUGCCGUUUGUCAUAGCGGCAGGAGGGGAUAAUAAAUCUAAUAAUUUUCUAGUUCACGAUUUGAGAAACAUCGAUGUUGUAAAACACAAGUUUGGAGACCGGCAAUUAGAAGAAUUAGUCGCAGAAAGUACAGAAGAAAGCAUGAACACUGAUUAGAUUUUAAUCAAAGUGUAAUAAAACUCAAUAAAACAGAAUUAAUUGUA